AUGGCCUGGGCCGCGCUGCUCGGCCUCCUGGCCGCGCUGCUGCUGCUGCUGCUGCUGACCCGCCGGCGCGCGCGGCGACCCGGAGAGCCUCCCCUGGACCUGGGCAGCAUCCCCUGGCUGGGCCAUGCCUUGGACUUUGGAAGAGAUGCUGCCGGCUUCCUCACUAGGAUGAAGGAGAAGCACGGGGACAUCUUUACUGUGCUGGUGGGCGGCAGGUAUGUCACCGUCCUCCUGGACCCGCACUCCUACGACGCCGUGGUGUGGGAGGCUCGCGCCAAGCUGGACUUCCACGCCUACGCCGUCUUCCUCAUGGAGAGGAUUUUCGACGUGCAGCUGCCGCAUUUCAGCCCGAGCGAUGAAAAGGCCCGGAUGAGACCGACCCUCCUGCACAGAGAGCUGCAGACGCUCACGGAAGCCAUGUACGCCAACCUCCGCACCGUCCUGCUGGGCGAUGCCGCAGAAGCGGGCGGCGGCUGGCGUGAGAUGGGGCUCCUCGACUUCUCCUACAGCCUCCUGCUCAGAGCCGGCUACCUGACUCUUUAUGGAAUUGAGGCGUUGCCACGCACCCCUGAGAGCCAGGCCCAGGACCUUGUCCACUCAGCCGACGUCUUCCACACCUUCCGCCAGCUCGACCUGCUGCUCCCCAAACUGGCUCGUGGCUCCCUGUCAGUGGGGGAUAAGGACCGCGUGGGCAGCAUCAAAGGUCGCCUGUGGAAGCUGCUGUCCCCAGCCAGGCUGGCCACCCGGGCCCACCGGAGCAAAUGGCUGGAGAGUUACCUGCAGCACCUGGAGGAAAUGGGCGUGUCAGAGGAGAUGCAAGCGCGGGCCCUGGUGCUGCAGCUCUGGGCCACACAGGGGAAUAUGGGUCCCACUGCCUUCUGGCUCCUGCUCUUCCUUCUCAAGAAUCCGGAGGCCCUGGCCGCCGUGCGCGGAGAGCUCGAGCAGGUCCUCCGGCAGGCGGAUCAGCCUGUCUCGCAGAUGACCACCCUCCCGCAGAAGGCUCUGGACAGCAUGCCUGUGCUCGACAGCGUGCUGAGUGAGAGUCUCAGGCUCACGGCCGCACCCUUCAUCACCCGCGAGGUUGUGGCGGACCUGGCCAUGCCCAUGGCAGACGGGCGAGAAUUCAACCUGCGACGUGGCGACCGCCUCCUCGUCUUCCCUUUCCUGAGUCCCCAGAAAGACCCAGAAAUCCACACAGACCCGGAGGUGUUUAAAUACGACCGGUUCCUGAACCCUGACGGAUCAGAGAAGAAAGACUUUUACAAGGAUGGCAAGCGGCUGAAGCAUUACAACAUGCCUUGGGGGGCCGGGCACAAUCAGUGCCUGGGGAGGACUUAUGCCACCAACAGCAUCAAACAAUUUGUGUUCCUCGUGCUGGUGCACCUGGACCUGGAGCUGAUCGGCGCGGACGUGGAGGUGCCCGAGUUUGACCUCAGCAGGUACGGCUUCGGGCUCAUGCAGCCGGAGCACGACGUGCCCGUCCGGUACCGCAUCCGGCCGUGAGAGUGGGCCCCUGCGCCCCUCCGCCGGCCCGCCCCAGCCCCCCGCUCCCCCUGUCUGCACUGGGCCUGGGAGUGGGUGCCAGCGUCACCACUUCCCCGUUCCUCUCCCAGAAGGCUGUGGCCGGGGAGGGGAGAGGGGAAGCCGAGAGAGGCGAGCGCAGAAGAGACCUGAGAAGCUCUGCGGAGUCUCUGCUGGGAAGUCUCGGCUCCCAGGUCACGCCUCUCUGCUUCCAGCUCGCCAUGCCUGUGCUCUGCACAGGAGCGAGCAUGGACAAGGCAGGACUAGGAGCCCUCACUGCUGUGCCCCCAGUUCCCAGAGCCGUCGCCUCCCGAGUCCUUAACAACUGGUGUGCUCCAGGCCUCGUGCAGCGGGAGCAGGUGCUGGCCACAGAGGGGCCACUCGGAACCUAGCAUUGAAAUGACUCUGUCCCCCAGUUACUAUGAAGUUAGCUAAAGCCAAAGGAGUCCCUUAGCAUAUCCGCUUCCCUGGGUGCCCCAUCCACUGGGCACUUCCACGUUGCUCUUUCCACACUGAGACUUGAGAAAAUGCAGGAGGGUUCCCGAGGCCGGGCGCCCUCUGAACACUGUUGUAAAGUUACUGGCGCCAGGUGGCAUGGGCUUUCCCGGCGUCAAGAGACUCGGGUGGAGAGCUAAGGAGACGCAGCCCUGAUGGGACAGCUCCCGGACUGGGCCGGCCAUCGCAGAGGAGGUGCCGAGGUCAUCCACGCUAGCAAGGAAGCUCCAGCGCCCGGCAGGCGUGUUUUGUUUGGCCUUCACCUGAAAAAAAUUACCUUAGUUGUGAUCGUCUGUGGGGGAGUUGAUUCAAAAUGUCCGGCUUCUCUUGAAAACUUGGUAGAUCUGGCCACACGGGGCCAUGUCACCAGAGGUAACCACUGGCCAGAGCUGAGUGGCAGCUGUGGGGCAGGUGCCCUCUGGCUCCCCAGGGUUCUCACGUGGUCUGACUCUCCAUUCACAGUCACUCCUGGCCCUGAAGGCAUUUGAGUUCGAGACCCUGUUCUAACUCUUAGAAGUGAUAUCGUAGGAGGUGGCGGGGACCAGCUGAUUGAUCUAAAGACCGAUCGUCCAUCGCAGCCUGGGUGCACCACCCUUUGAACAAACAGAUCGGUGAUGAAAACUUGCCUUUGCUUCCGUGUUAGAAAAAAGCAGCUUAAAGAGAAAAAUUGGCUGGGCAUACUGGCUCACACCUGUAAUUCCAGUGACUUAAGAGGCUGAGGCAGGAG